UUUCUUUCCGUUUCUUGUUUUGCCUCUCCUUCAGAGCAGAGCCCCAGUAACAGGUGCUGCUGCCUGAGGAGCAUCAAGCAACAAUCAAGUGGCCCCGAUUUAUUUACUGUUGCGUAUCAUUAGCGUAACAACCGUGAUUUGUACAAAACCUGAGCUUAAACUCGUUGAGCUUGCUUCUUCACGUAAACUUCAGAAGGGCCUCUUGGAGGUUUACAUUCAAGACGGUUAAUGAAAGGGGAAUGGUUUUUCUUUCACGAAAUGAUGGAAGGCACUGGUAAAACUCCAAAUAACCAUGAAAAGAGACCUUUGGAAAAUCCGAGACCUUCGGAUGUACAGAAAAAGCCUGCAGAUAAUAACUCUAACAUUCCUGUAUUUGUUAAUCAUGCUGCAAUUGCGUGGAAUGAAAGCAGAAAAAAAUGGACUGGGAAUGUAUCUCAGAGGUCAGGAAGAACAUCAAAGGAUCCGAUUAUAAGCUGGUCUACCACAUAUGAAGACCUGCUCUCGACUCACGAGCCUUUCUCUGAGCCUAUUCCUUUAUCUGAAAUGGUCGAUUUUUUGGUCGAUAUAUGGCAAGAUGAGGGGCUUUUCGAUUGAUAGGGUCGUAUUUUUUGUUGGAAUGUUUUAUUUUUGUGGUGAUAAAAAAUUGUUCUCCCACCACCAUUGCACGGAUAACGAAAACCCGAAGAAGGUUUUUUCGUGUUCCGAUGAUUUGUAAGAAUCUCUCAUUCACCAUGUUGUUGUUGUAAACAUGUAGUGUAAAACCUUGUAUGGAUUAUUUUAGUGGUACUUUGUAAUCUAAGGUUAGACUUCUUCAAGAAUCUCAAUAGUUGCUAGAAAUAGAAAGUUUAGUUUAUUUGAAAGUGUGGAUGGAUGCUCAAUUCUUCUUUUUCGAACGAGUUUUUGUUCGUGAACGGUUGGUUUACCAAUUAAUGUACACAAAUUACCUUCAUUGCAUCAGGACAACAACGAAUCAUUUGUACAUUUUCAACUUUGAAAUUUCAUUGGAUGGUAUAAUCAAGAAAGAGGAUAUGAGUUUUUUAAAUAUAUUUUUGUCGGUGUAACAAAAAUAAGAGUCUUGGUG